GGGCGAGGAGCGCCUGCAGGACUUGCGCGACCGGCAGCGCGACGCCGCCGCGCGCCGCGAGGCGAGGCUGUCCGAGGCGCUGCAGAGCCCGCGUUGGGGCGCGGCGCGGGUCGCGGCUAAAAAUCUGGCGUGGCUCAAGGAGCGGUCGCGAGCGGCCGAGGCGGAGGCGGAGGAAGUGGGGGAGGAGGAGGAGGAGGGCAAGGAUGGCAGCGACGAGGCGCUCUUCGUCGUGGACGACCAGGCUGACCUGAAGCAGGUCGUCGGCAUGCUGCUGCACCGCAUGGUGCUGGAGCGCGCCUUCGCCGACCGCCUCUGCCGCCUGCUCGACCUGUGGAUGGCGUGGGCCGACAAUGGCGGCAUGCGCAAGUCCGACUUCCAGGCGCUCGAGGCGGACAAGGUCACUUUUGCCCUCGCCACGCUCGUCGUGGCCUUGAUAAGCGACGCGUCCUCGGCGGUCGAGGGCACCCUGUCCAUGGAUUUGCAAGAGUGCUUGAGGAUGUGGCGCAAGGUUCGUCUGGGUUGAGGGCGCAUGUACCAUAUCACUCUGCUUCCAUAGACCUUCACGCUGUUCUAAUAAAUGUAAGCCCU